AGCCGCGGAGGAGGUGGUGUGUCCUGAACCGGGCCUGGGGGCUGGUGACCCUUUGUGCCCCUUCGCCAUGGCCACGUUGAGCACCAAGCCCAGUGAGCGCUUCCGGCUGGCCGACUGGAACACCAACAGCUACCUGCUGUCCACCAAUGCCGAGCGGCAGCGAGAUGCUUCCCAUCAGAUCCGCCAGGAGGCCCGGGGCCUCCGGAAUGAGACCAACAACCAGACCCUUUGGGAUGAACACGACAAUAGGACUCGGCUGGCGGAGAGGAUUGACACGGUGACCCGCUGGAAGGAGAUCCUGGACAAGUGUCUGACGGACCUAGACGCCGAGAUGGAUGCCCUCGCAAAGAUGAAGGAAUCAGCAGAGCAAAACCUGCAGGCCAAGAACCUGCCUCUGGACGUGGCCAUCGAGUGCCUGACCCUGCGGGACAGCCGGCGGGACAUCGAUGUGGUGAAGGACCCAGUGGAAGAUGAGCUGCAUAAAGAGGUGGAGGUCAUCGAGGCCACCAAGAAGGCCUUGCAGCAGAAGAUUCGCCAGGCCUUCGAGCAGCUCUGCCUCCUGCAGGAAGUCCGACAGCAGCUCAACUCUGACCAUCGGGGCAAAAUGGAGACGCUGGAGAUCGACAGGGGCUGUCUCUCUCUCAACAUCAACUCCCCAAACAUCUCUCUGAAGAUCAAUCCGACGCGAGUCCCCAGUGGCUCCACCACACUCCAGCAGUGGGAUGAGUUCAGCCGGUCCAACAAGAACCGAGCAGAGGCCGAGAUGAAGGCAGCCACGGAGCUGAGGGAGACCAUCGCCUUGACUAUCGCCGAGACCAACAAUGAACUCGAAGCCCAGAGGGUCGCCACGGAAUUCGCCUUCAGGAAGCGGCUGCGGGAGAUGGAGAGAGUGUACAGUGAACUCAGAUGGCAGGAGAAGAACACCUUGGAGGAGAUCGCCGAGCUGCAGGAGGACAUCCGGCAUCUGGAGGAGGAUCUGCGCCGGAAGCUGCUGAGCCUGAAGCUGGCCCACACCCGGCUGGAGACCAGAACCUACCGGCCCAACGUGGAGCUCUGCCGCGACCAGGCGCAAUAUGGCCUCACUGACGAGGUUCACCAGUUGGAGGCAACCAUCGCUGCCCUGAAGCAGAAGCUGGCCCAAGCACAGGAUGCUCUGGACGCCUUGUACAAGCACCUGGCCCGGCUGCAGGCUGACAUUGCUUGCAAGGCCAACUCCAUGCUGCUGGACACCAAGUGCCUGGACACGCGACGCAAGCUGACGGUGCCGGCUGAGAAGUUCGUGCCCGAGGUGGACACCUUCACCCGCACCACAAACCGCACUCUCAGUCCACUCAAAAGCUGCCAGCUGGAGCUGGCCUAGCUUCCAGGGACGAGGCAGGAGGGCAAGGUGGGGUGGGAAAGGGAAGGAGGGGCAGAGAAUAAAUUGAAUAAAGGUCGAGGUUC